AUGUCGACUCCUCACAAGGAGAUUGGGUCUGCGGAGAGUCACGAUAGUGGGUGUUCCUCUCUAUACCUGGGAAGUAAGCACGACGCAUCCAUCAACGAAGUAUCCGCCGGAAUCGACAGUAUACCCAGUGAACCAUCAUUGCUCUGGUACAAGAUCCGCACAUACGGACAGGAUGCUUUUUCCGAAUUCUUCGGUACAAUGAUCUUGAUACUCUUCGGUGACGGGGUGGUCGCCCAGGUUCUACUUAGCCGUGGGCAGAAGGGUGACUACCAGUCCAUCUCUUGGGGUUGGGGAUUGGGCGUCAUGUUAGGCGUAUAUGUCAGCGGUUCCUCAGGAGCCCAUAUCAAUCCCGCCGUGACAUUUGCAAACUGCAUCUACCGCGGCUUCCCCUGGCGCAAAUUCCCAAUCUACAUGCUCGCCCAACUCCUCGGCGCGAUAUGUGGUGCAGCCAUCGUCUACGGAAACUACAAAUCUGCCAUCGACGCCUACGAGGGUGGUCCACACAUUCGCACUGUACCGGGUUACUCGCCUACAGCGACGGCGGGCGUCUUUUGCACAUAUCCGGCCGAAUUCAUGACCAAGACCGGCCAGUUUUUCUCGGAGUUCUUGGCUAGUGCGGUGCUUAUGUUUAUGAUCUUUGCGUUGAAGGAUGAUGGUAAUCUGGGUGCGGGAAAGCUGAUGCCUCUCGCGCUGUUCUUCGUAAUUUUCGGCAUUGGCGCUUGUUUUGGGUGGGAGACUGGGUACGCGAUUAAUCUGGCAAGGGACUUUGGACCGCGACUCACGUCUUACAUGUUGGGAUACGGACAUGAGGUGUGGGCUGCGGGCAAUUAUUACUUUUGGGUCCCCAUGGUCGCUCCCUUCUUGGGCUGCACGUUCGGCGGAUGGAUCUAUGACGUUUUCUUGUAUACCGGACAGAAUAGUCCCGUCAACACGCCUUGGUUGGGUAUUAAGCGGCUACUGCAUCCCAGACGUGGACAAAAGGUUGCCCUGUCCAGUCCUGUCUGA